AAUGGCAAGAGGAUGAUGUUUUACAAAGCAUUGCAAGUGUUUUUAAAUUUUGUUACGAUCUUGUUAUGUGUAUCCGGUGAAACAUUAAUACAGAAAAAUGAAAAACGAACCGGCUUCAGAAACAAUUAUCAGAUGUGCCUCGAGAGUUUUAAGAUUCACGAAGAUAAAAUUAUACGAACGCAGGAGUCUCGGGAUAUGGGAGCUAAAUAUUUAAAAGAAUUCGAUGUUAAUUCUAGGAAAGAAUGUUUGAAAUUUUGCUGUGAUACAGAAAAUUGUGAUGUGUUUAUCUUUGAAGAAAAGAAACCUGGAAGUUGUUACCUUUUUCAAUGUGGUCCAUUGCAUGACUUUAAAUGUAAAUUCACCAAUCAUGCUAAUUAUAGUAGCGCAGUGCGUACCAAUUAUAAUACACAAAGCAAUUCACAAUUAGAGAAAGAAAUUAGGAUUUCUCAACAAGAACAUGAACUGAAAUCUCUCAGAAAAUUGGCAGAUCCAGCAUCAGUUGAAUAUUCUUUCACAGAAACUCCUGUGAAAUUGAUUGCAACUUUAGCACCAAAAUUAUCAUUAACAACCUCUUCACCUAUUAAACCAGCUUGUAGUAGGAAUCAAUACGAAUGCCGCUCAUCUGGAGAUUGUAUAGCAGUAUAUAAUGUAUGUGAUGGUAUACCACAAUGUGCAGAUGGAUCUGAUGAGGCAGCGGACCUUGUAUGUCCUACAGAAAAACCAACGAUUUCCCCUUCUGUAAUCCAAGGACCACAAUCAAUAUUACCUGCAGAUAUUAUGAAAUAUCAACAAAUGGUUGAUCAACAUAAAGCCCUUGGUCCAUUGUAUGCUCGUGUUCCAGAAGUUAAUCCAUGGGAACUGCCUAAUUUAUCUCACCAAAUGAUUCCACAACAGCCAUUUCUAUAUCCAGCCCAACAAAUGGAAGUAUCUCAACUGCAUAAAGGUUUUGGUGUCCCUGGAUAUCAAUGGGAUUAUCAACCCAUGUAUGAUCAAAACAAGGAUACUUAUAACUCUUUUCAUGAACAAGGCAAUUUAAAUCCUUAUGAUCAAGAACAAUCACGAUUUUUUAAUCAUAAGGGAUUAAGUGUAAUAGGGGAAAAAGAAACAGAUGGUGGUACAUAUUUAGAUGUAAAACAUCCAUAUACGUCACAUUUUCCAUCAUCAAACAGGGGCAUAUGGCAAAGCAAUCAGGUUUAUCCAUCUCCAUCUCCAAUAUCAAAUAUGCAACAGAAGCAAAUAAUUGAGAUAGAAAAGAAUGUUGUUAUUACAACAACACCUCCUUGUAAUACAUCACACGAACAAAAAGAUGUUUCACCAAGUAGUAAAGAUACUGAAAAAAUCAAUCAGCAAGAGGAUAAACAUAUAGUACACGAGAAAGAAAUUAGUCAAAAUAACAAACAAAAUACACUAAAGAAUGAAAUUCCAAAAUUCAAUCAUAUUCAAGCAAAACAGCCGAAAGAACAUAAAAGUGUAAUAGUUAUAAAAGAUCAUAAUAGAGAUCACGGAAGAGAUACGAUACUUGCGGAACAUUUGAAACAAGCAAAUGAAAGCGAAGUUCUAAGACCAAGAGGAGCAGUUAUAUCAUUGGCUUUAGGACUUACAAUAACAGCUAUUACAGCUACUUUAAUUGCUUGCCGGUUACGAGUUGUGCGAAGACGUGGAAGACGACACGGUCCAUAUGCUCAUGAUGCGGAUUAUUUAGUAAAUGGAAUGUAUCUUUAA